UGGGUUUAUUUGAAAACUUGCAGUGCAGCAGCGCCUGCUGGUGUCCUGGAAAAGGAGGUCGGAGCUCAAAGUGACACACGUCAGUCAUCCCUGAUGUCUCCAGCCGCUUUAAAGGGGGGACUUUGAAACGCCGACACGCCCUCUGAGCGCCUGCCAGAUGCCUCGUCAGCGUCGGCUACGUGGCGCCGACAGCCGGUGAAAGGCGGGCCGGGAAAAGCCAUCAGAAGCUGUGAAAUGUAUAGUGCCGGGAGGGGGGCGACACAUUUGCACGAUCCACGUGUACCCUGUCAUUGAUCACAACAGGGCAAUACAGUACAGGACGCCGGAUUCGCUAGCUUACUAUUACUAGGUUUCCAGUGAAUCGGAAUAGAUACUCACUAUGAAGCAAGUUGAUCGAGGACAGCGCACGACUGGUUCUCCUGCGCGCUCCUGUUGUCGCGCGGACAUGGCACUGGCGACAGUACUGUCCCUGUUCCUCCUGUCGGGACCGUGUCUGUCAGCGCCGCAGGUCCAUGGCUCAGAAAGGUCGGAGGUUGUCAAAGGGAGUCAACCUUUUACCAUGGUUAACCCUUUUGGUGCUGGGGAGGAUGUGAACAGUUUACGUCAAAGCUACAUCAAGGGUAAUUUGAAGGAAGGACAGAUGAGUCCUGUGCUCGACACUUGGGAACAAGAGGUGUUCUUCCUCUUUUCCCUUCAUGACUAUGACAAAAGCGGGAAGAUGGAUGGGCUUGAGAUGAUGAAGUUACUCUCAGACUUCCUGUCUCACCAUUCGCUGGGCCCACAGUCCGCUGAUUCUGUUGUCUCCAUGGUGGAUUCUCUUCUACAGACUCAAGACUUAAAUGAAGAUGGUAUGUUGGACCCCUCCGAGCUGCUCUCCCCACCCACAGAGCCCCAAAAAUCCAAGCAGCAGGAAGCCGCAGACACAGCGGACGAGCCGAGUUCUGACAGCACAGCCGCUCACGACGUAGACAACGCUGCAGCUAAGGAGCAGGAGCAGGGAGACUCAGUGCCGGAACAGGAGGUGCAGGGAGAGCAGGAUGGAUGGCAGCAGGAACUGGAUGUGGACAAACAGGAGGUGCAAGACCUACCGGAGGAAGCGGGGGAGGCACAUGAAGAGCAGUUACAGGAGAGGCAAGAUGAAGAACCUCAGAACCAAGUCAGAGAGCACGUUCCUGCUCACCAAGGACAGCCUGAGAUAUAACUUCCCAAAAAAAAGCCUGAGAUACUCAGCCUUAAAAGGGGAAGUACAGACGUGACACUACGCCUGACUCGGAGAGAGAAGGGGCUGAUUUCCGCCCAGCGAAGAAUAAGCACGGUUUGUCUCCACGGCUGGCCAUUUCUCCUAAAACAACUACAAUUAUUUGUUUACCUCACCCUGCAACUUACGAUUAUAAUUAUUGUAAUUAUAAUUGUAAUUGAAAAGCCAAUUUGCAAAAGUCACUCUUUUUGAUGUUUUUGAGAUGAGACUGCCAAUGACCUAAAUUCAGGCUUCCACGUCAUAUGUUACAGUACUAGGACCCGAAACUUACUCAGUCCUUAUGUAAUCUAAUGAAGAACGUCCAUUAAAUUUCCAAAACUCACUCAGUUCAUCUUUUUGGACUUUUCUGACCCGAUGUCCAACUUCCUCAUUAUAUGUUAUUCAUGUAAUGCAACGAAGAAUUUUCCUUAAACAUAUCUCGUGAACAGAGUGAGUUUUAGAAAUUUGCUCUUCAGAUAUACUGAUUUCUACAGCUGGAUAUAUAACCAAAUACAAUUUGAGUACAUCCAAUCCAGAUACAUUUUAGAAGGUAUAAUGACAGGGUUUAAAUUUGUGACUUUGUUAAACAGAGCUGCUUAGGAAUUCAUAAUAUACAUGGUCUUGUCCAACCAAACAUAUCAAAUAACAGACCAACAGUCCCAUGCUAACUAAAUGUUUGGUAGCAGUUGGCUUGGUUUGUUGGUUGAUAAGGGCCACACCCUAUAACUUUGGGGUCAGAAUGGGCUUUGAAAAAGUGAAGCAGAAGGUGAAUUAAAAAAGGCUUAAAACAACCAAAUUUUAUAUUUCACAAUCUAUUUUGUAUUUGAAAUUUUUUAUCUGUCAGUCAAAUUGGACAACACUAGUAAUGCUAGAUAUCGAUAGCAUGAUGAUAAAAUUAUAUAAUAUUGAACGUUAAUUGAAAAAUAGUAUUCAGCUACUGAAAACAUCAUGUUUAAAUGGAACUCCCCAUUCAGAGUGUGACUGUUGAAGUGAAUAUUUUCAUAGUUAAAGCAUAGAAAACCUGUUUAUGACCUUCUAAAUACGAUUUUUUAACAUUAUUAGACAUGAAAUAACACCCUUUAGUCACCAUUAGUGUUAUGAUUGCUGGACACGGAUUCAGGAUCGAAGGGUUUAUUUGGAAUCACUCCAAAUGCAGGACACACGAACAUUUAACAUCAAAAUGUCAGUGACAGACUCUGACGUGGACUUAAAUACACUGGACGAAUCAAACUGACAGAAAACAGCUGGUCACAAUUGGGGUUGCACGAUUGGUUAAUAAAGGGGCGUGGCACACAAUAGGAUCCUACAGACAGGUCAUGACAAUUACACUCGUAUUACCCAAUAUAUUAGACAAAAUAAGAGAAAAUCAGACAUAUUAGACGUUACAAAUAUCAUAUUAUUAUUAUUGUACAUUUAAUUACGAAGAUCAAAGAUGCUUCCGAUACACAGCGAUGUACAAUGUCUCGAUCAACUUUUUGAAUACACAGUUUUUGAAUAUACAAAACCCCGCGAUAGAGUGAAGCCGCGAAAGUCGAAGCGCGAAGUGGCGAGGGACGACUGUACGCAAGUGGCAACCUAUUGUGGUCACAUAAAAUGCAAUCCAGUUCCGAUUCUUCCCCAGUUUUUGCGGGUCUUUUCAGGGUCCUCCAAUUUCGUCUAGCAGCCAAAAGCUACCAUUCAGGUGAAUAUAAAUUUCUGUUGGAUCUGAAUUUUUAAUGUACCCUGCAGACACCCUGCAGUAUGCUAUGAUACAACGUCACAAAUUCAGGUGAAGUAGAAGCAAAUAUUUAUAUAUAAAUGUACAUUAUUGUUUAACAAAGUAUGUAAAAUUUGAUAUUCAACAUUGGAUAUAACUCAACAGUACAAUCAAUAUCCUCCUGAGAUCCGGGGGUAAAAAUGCUUCUAAUAUUCAUGUGGCAUGAAUAUUAUAUAUAUAUUGGAGAUAUAUAAUAUAAUAUUGGAGAUAUGAGCAGAAACAUGUUUUGUACAGAGGACAAAAUUCUCUGAAGAUCUCUAUCAAUUCUUUUUGAUAAAUGUUAAUUUUCUAGGUCUCUGAUGAUAUUUGAAAUUACUCUGUUAAUAUUACACAAUGAACACUAGAGAACAAGAAAGCUACAGAUCUGGACAUGACAAAUUGUGAUACAGACUGUAAGCUGUUCAGUUACCUGUAAAUGCACGUGCAUAGUUAAAGUCCAGUGUGAACAUUUCUGAAACGUAAAUUUGCUACUAAACAUGCCAGAAGUACAAAUGAAUUAGUUAUUUAGCCAAAUCCUUCUGGUAAUUUUUGUCAUAAACUAAUUUUUUAUUAUCAUACCUUACCUGACUGAACAUCUCAGAAUGAUUGGCUGAAACAUCUUCCAUUCUUUAUGAAAAUGACAAAUCAGAGGGAAGGGAGACCCGAAUGAAAGCCUUCCUCUGUAUUGACAAUUCAAGGCGUAAAAGAUAUGACUGCUGUGUUUUAUAGUAUUUACAGUACUUUCGCCUAAUGUUGUCAAUGCAAAUCAGGUUUCAGAAUGAUGUAUUUAAUUCUGCAGGAUGUAAAUGUAAAGCUAAGUAAUUUUGAGAAACUUGAUGUUUGGUAAAUUGUUAUGCAAUGCGAUUAACUGUCAACAGGCGGAGUACUACUCAUUUGUCCCAACUUCAUAACCAUUUUUACAAAUAUUUACUUCUCGUUUAUUUAUCCUGAAUGAAAUGUCCAUUGAUUUAAAAAAAAUCAAUUAUUUAUGUUGAUUCCUUUGUUUUUUUCUCAUUUCGUGUUUCUGUCACCUAGAAUUCUUGGAUAAGCUUUUUUUAUGCCUUAAUGUUUACAACCCUGAACCACACCUUAUUUCCUAGUGACUUUAAGUGGUUAUUCUGAUCAUUGUGCUAUGAUUCCUUUGAGCGACUUCUCUUUUUCAGCUAAAAAUAGCUACGCAGGAACAUUCUCCUUGUCUACAUAGGCCUGUGACAUCAGUGAUAUGCAAAAUACUGUGUAUGGGGGUACAAGUCACAGUAUAACUCCCCCAGAAACAAUAAAACUUGAAUUCUGCUGUGCAA